AACUGGGCCUUGCCGGCACGUGACGGAGAAGCGCGCCUCUGCAACGUUGCCGGAAGCCGGGGGCCGCGGCGACGGCAGGAUGCUGCCCACCGCACAGGUGGCGGGCAGUGGCGGAGAGGCGAUGGCAGCGCGGGAGGCGGCACGGCACACAGCAGGCGCCAAGCGCUACAAGUACCUGCGGCGGCUGCUACACGCGCGGCAUAUGGACUUCGAGUUUGCACUGUGGCAGAUGCUGUACCUGUUUACCGCGCCGCAGCGCGUCUACCGCAACUUCCACUACCGCAAGCAGACCAAGGACCAGUGGGCGCGUGAUGACCCUGCCUUCCUCGUACUGCUCAGCAUCUGGCUCUGUGUAUCCACAAUAGGAUUUGGAUUUGUGCUGGACAUGGGAUUUUUUGAAACGAUAAAGCUACUCCUCUGGGUUGUGUUCAUAGACUGUGUAGGAGUUGGCCUCCUAAUAGCAACUCUAAUGUGGUUUAUUUCCAAUAAAUACUUGGUGAAGCGACAGAGCAGAGACUGUGAUGUGGAGUGGGGCUAUGCUUUUGAUGUUCAUCUGAAUGCUUUCUAUCCACUCCUAGUCAUUUUGCAUUUUAUCCAGUUGUUUUUCAUCAAUUAUGUUAUUAUAUCAAACUCUUUCAUUGGAUAUUUUGUUGGGAACACGUUAUGGUUGAUUGCAAUUGGCUAUUAUAUCUAUGUAACAUUCCUAGGAUAUAGUGCACUGCCAUUUUUGAAGAACACAGUUAUCCUUUUAUAUCCAUUUGCACUUCUCAUCCUGCUCUAUGUGCUCUCCUUAGCAUUGGGAUGGAACUUCACCAAGACACUUUGUUCUUUCUACAAGUACAGAGUGAAAUAAAAACAGGACUUUGUCUGCUGUGUAGUCAGUCUUAAUCUUGGCUGUCUUGACAGGAAAAAGUUAAGACUUUUUUUUGUAAAUGGUUGUAAAUUUCUCUUUAUUGUAGAUAAUUGUGUAAAAAAACAAUGUGUCAAUUUUUAAUAAGAUUAAAAUAUUUACAACAGUAA